AUGGAUGAACUGAUAGCAAACCUCGACAGUCCGACAGCAACAAGCCCCUCCCUACGAGAAUCAGGAGAAAAGCAUGUCUUCCCGACUAGGGAUCAAUAUGGCUGCCCUUUCCGGGCCACCUUGCUUGAUCAGUUUGCGUCAGCGAUGAUUGAACGGACAUUGGAAUGGGGUGAGAAGAAGGACAGAACUGAGGUUACGCAAACAGGAUGGACGAAAAUCGUUCUUUUCGUUGUGGAACAGAUUAAAGAAGGUUUCCACGAUGAAGUGAAACGGCAACGUCGAGUCCGUCCACGAAAUCUUGGACAUCGUUCCGACUACUCUUCACUGUCCGAAACAUCCAGUCACUCCUUACCACGGAACGUGCCAGAAAUUAAACGAUUCAACACUGUCGACAAUCUGUAA